AUGGCAGGAUACACCUGUAUCCAGUGCCUUCAGGUCCUCCGCCAAGGAGUCCGGGCAUCGGCUCCUCCGGCUCGCCUCCAAAGCCUCGCUACUUCGCAACGGAGAAGCGCAGUCUCCCCGUCUCUGAUCCGAAGCUUCGGCUCUCAUCGUAAUGGCCGAUCGCUGGGCACCAAGCCAGCAGAGCAAACCAAGCCCGUAUCUGCGCACUCCUGUUGCGCGACUACGCCAUCACCUACGACCAUCGCCCAGAGAGGUCUCGCAAGCAGGGCCUCCCCCAUGCCCGAAGAUAAAUUGUUCCACCGUUUCACGUACUCGCCCUCGGACGCCAUCCGCAAGCGCGCCGAGUUCAUCAAGCAGAAUGCUUUCUGUCCACACCCAGAUCACCAGCAGACCCGCGCCCCGGUCUCGCCGCACGACCCAGAAGCAAGAAAGGACCCCAGCGAAUCAAACCUCGCCCCGGCCCAUUCGCAUUUCGAGUGCCCGGACUGCGGUGUACCAGUCUACUGCUCUGAGGGCCACUGGAUGGAUGACUUCGAGGCCCAUCUCGAGAUCUGUGAUACCCUCCGCCAAAUCAACGAGGAUGACCACGACUUGCACUCCGGCCGUUCCUUCCCCGAGUUCAAUUACCCCGGUCCUCAGGAUGACAACUUCGUUAUCAACAUGACAAAUUGGGAUACCUACCUUUACACUCGCGAGUUUCCAGCUAUUAACCAUGAUCGCUCUAUGCGCCAGGUGACUCGCAUGCUCACCUACCCGCAGACUAUUGGCAGUGUCUUGCAUGAGCUGAGUCCCUACGGUGUGCGUUCCGGCGGACGUCUUACGCCCGAGGGCUUGAAAAGUAUUAGCGCCCUCCGCUACUCCCUGCACCCCCCAAAGGCCGGUGAAAGCACCGAUGUCAAGGGUCUCCGCCUAAAGGCUCCCCCCGUCCGAAUCUUCAUUUUGGGUGCUCGCGCUGAAUCUUCUUUGCCCCGUGACGUCUGGCUGCAGCUGCAAUACAUGUACCCGCGUGCGCUACUGCACUUGAUCUUCAUCGGUCCCGAGAGCAUGGCAAACCGGGACACCGAGUUCCCGCUUCCCGAGCGCACCCCUGAGAACCCAUUCGGUGGAAUUGUCGAGGACAGACUCGGUGGUCAGAUGAAGAUCACUACUUACGUUGACUACUUCCACACCAUGAACAAGGCACAGUACUUUGGUCCUUUCGAUCCUUACCUUGAUUGCUUCAUGCUGUUCCACCCUGGUCUGGGCCACCCUGCCAGCUCGCAUGAGUGGGAGGAGACUCUGCCUCAGCUUCUUGAGACCAAGGUCCCUAUUCUCUGCACUGGAUACACACAGUGGGAUAUGGAACGUGAUAUCAAUUGGGUUAGCGAGAAGUGUCGCGGUGAGUUUGAUGUGCUGCUUGAGCCUGGUGAGAACAUCUUCCGCAGUCUGCGCUGGGAUUUGAAUGACCAGGAUCCUCACGAUGUGUCGUGUGGUAACUGGGGAUUGUGGGCCUUCCGAGGCAAGAGAUACGAGGCUACCUUCAAGAAGGAUGAAUAG